AUGGAAUGUGUGAAAGACUUUGACGCUAAAACCAUCGAAUCCAAUUUCAAAUGCUUGCCCAUUAGGGAAAUAAUUACACCAACAAAAGUUAGUGCAGAAAAUUUAAGGAAAAUAAUGAAUGGCAUUUUUAAUCAAUUUUGUGUCCAAAUUUCUCGUCAUUUUCUCUUUCGGAAUCGAAAAAUGCAAACUUUACAUAUUGUAAUUUAUCCGGCGACUUUGAUUCGUGAAUGGGACCCACCUAUGAGGGGCAAUUUUAAAAUUGGUAGAUUUUUGGGAAGUAAGUUUUUUCUUGAGGCAACUCAAAAGAAUGCGAAAUUGAAUUACCUGUCAUUUGAAGCAAUUGCAAAUAUGGUGCGAUAUCUACUUGAGAAUUGUGCUUUUAAUAACACCAGUGACCUCUAUCGUGGUCAAAUCGUUUAA